AAUGGAGCAGAAUAGGGAGCUCACGUUUUUUUUUUUUCAUUUUAUCUACUCCUGAUUCAUAUGAUAUGAAUAACGACAUUCUCAGAACUUCAGGGAAGCACUGGGUGUGACCGUUUCUGCAGUUUAUGCUGUCUUUUGCGAAGCACCUAUCGCACAGGCUGGUAUUGCAAUGACAAUAAAUUUUCAAUUUAUUGCUCAGGCCUAAAGGAGACUCCUCCCAUGUCUCGAUGUGCAGCUACAGUUGCUCUAAAUCAGAAUCAGAGACUCCUAACUUCCUUUUUUACUAGCUGCAGCUAGGGUUGCACUUUUGAGAGUCAAAGGUUUACAUUAAACCCACUCCCCUCUAAAGCAGAGACUGAGGACCAUCUGGGUAUUUUUCAGCUACUAUAGGGAGUUACUUCUUUGAUCGCCACCUUCACAAAUCAUCUUAACCCUUUAGAACUCCCCAUUCUCCAAAGGUGGUAGAAUACACCUUUAAGAGCGCAUACUGGAGUCUAUUUGAAGACCGACCGUCUAAUUUUACCCAGCAGCCCCCUCUUCUCCCCUUCAAACUCUACAGGACUUCAUGGAGAACUGCUUGUGUUCUGGAUCUACUGUUGAAGUUCUGAAGAGUCUGAAAUCUUCACUGGUCACUUGCUCCCUCAGAUGGUACUUGCCCGCUUCACGUUCCAGCUCCAGAGGGCUGCGUGCCAUGCCAGAGGAAUCCCGCUCUGCUCUCCACCAGGGCCCGAUGGGGGAAGAAUCUCCUCAGUUAUCCUCAUCCCUCUCUAACCCAGACCACCCCCAAGGUGACGUUGAUUUGGCCCCAGAAUGUUACAGCCAAGUAUGCUUGAAGCCGCUGGAAGGAGAGGGUGAGCGUCCCGUUAGCUUGGUGUCCACCCUCUCCUCCGGUUCAUCCCAUGAUAGUCGCACUCUAUUCGGAAGCUCCGCGGCCCUCCCUUCCUCCAUACCAAGCGAGGAGGACAUCGACCUGGAUCUCAGCCCCGCAGACGGCACCGUAGAGCAAGCUGGAACCCACAGUCCCGUCCUCGCCGCUUCCAGGAAACGCUGGUGGCAACAGUUGGAUCCGAUGGUGAACAGCAAGCAGUGGAACAACAACAACGCCACUGCCGGCUGCAGGGCAGCAGGUGAAAUAAUUCACAUCCCCACCUCGCCUGUCAUCACCGAUACCAUGGCGCCGAACCCAAGACUCACUUACGUGGACCGCGUUGUCAUGGAGAUCAUUGAGACGGAGCGCAUGUAUGUCAGAGAUCUGCGCAGCAUCGUGGAGUCUAUGAGUUUAACAGUGAGCUCCUACAGUCCUUGGACAUGUGUGAGAGCGACCCUGUUGCUGUUGCUCAGUGCUUUGUAAACAAGAGUGACUACUUUGAAAUCUACACCCAGUACUGCAAUAACUACCCCAACUCAGUCGCAGCUCUGACCGACUGCAUGAGGUGUAAAAUUUUAGCCAAGUUCUUCAGAGAUCGACAGGCUGUGUUGAAGCGUUCUCUCCCUCUGGGCUCCUACCUCCUAAAGCCGGUCCAGAGGAUCCUGAAGUAUCAUCUACUCCUUCAGGAAAUUGCAAAGCACUUUGACCCAGAUGAGGAAGGCUACGAGGUCGUCCAGGAGGCCAUCGACACCAUGACAGGGGUGGCGUGGUACAUUAACGACAUGAAGAGGAAGCAUGAGCACGCCGUCAGAGUGCAGGAGAUACAAUCCCUUUUGAUCAACUGGAAGGGUCCUGACCUGACCACCUACGGCGAGCUGGUUCUGGAGGGUACCUUUCACGUGCUGAGAGCGAAGAACACCCGUACGCUCUUCCUCUUUGAGAAAAUGCUCCUCAUCACGAAAAAAAGGGGAGAACACUACGUCUACAAGACCCACAUAGUGUGCUCCACUCUAAUGUUACUCGACAACGCCAAGGACCCCCUGCUCUUCAGCGUUAUCCACUUCAAACGUCCCAAGCAACCACAUACAGUGCAGGCAAAAACUGUUGAAGAGAAGCGUCUUUGGAGCCAUCAUAUCAAGCGGCUCAUCCUUGAGAAUCACAACGCCGUCGUACCGCCGAAGGUUAAAGAUGUCACAGUGGACAAUUGGAUCUAUCCGGCGAAGCACCAGAGCAGUCCUGAGAGGCUGAUGAAAGCGGAGAGCUGCCAGGCUGCCGACUUCCAUCUAGCAGGACGAAAUGGGAGGAGGAGAUCCGAGCCCGUAAAACGGACCAUGAGGAACUCAAAAGAUGCAUCUGUUAUGAAGCAUGCAGAAAGUGAAGGUACUCUGGUGAGAGACAGGUCCGCCCGCAUGUCAGUCACUAGUGACAACACGCUGACCCCCAAUCUUGGCAAGAAGUCUCAGGAUGUGAAGCCUUGUACGGAGCGUCUGACCUCCGGCAGGGACCCGAGUUCUCCGGACGGUGACCCCGACCUUUGCCCUUCACCUUGUGAGGAGGGUCUGGAGCAGGACUGUAACAGAGAGGAUGUGCUAAUGGGAGACGACCAGGUAGCCGACUUUGCCAGCUCAGUGCUAGCAGCCAUCUCCUGCUGGCAGUAUAAAGCCAGGGCUUUGCUUUCCACUCACUUCACAACGGAUGAUCAGGCGGGAGACGCUGCAGCCGUGCAGACGGAAAGCUCCCCACACGAGGAGAACGAUCCGCCUGUGAAAGACGCUCUCGACGCACAGGUCAAUUUGCAGGAGUGUCACCUCCUAAACUGUGUGGAGAAAAGCAACCAGGUGGAGGUGGAUUGCUCCCAGUCAUGUGAGGGUCCAGCGCGCUCCUCACCAUGUGAAGCUGAAGCUUUUAACUCCUCGAGGGAAACCGGAGAGGAGGAUGGAAGAAGUGACUCCUCUGGUCUCCAUGUUGAAGAGACCAGUGUGCGAACAAACGGGGAGCUCUCAGAGGAGGAAGAGGAGGUGCUCACCUGCCCUUCACCAUUGGUAAAUAAAGAAACAUUUCAAAGCCCAAACAGGUGUCAGGACUUGGACAAACAACUCCAAAAAUUAUCCGACUCCUCACCAAAGCAAGCCUCAGAAGCUAACCAAGCACUUGUUUCUGAGCCGAGUCAAGGAGAACGCAGAUCCACUCUCUCCAAACAAGACCGCCUCCUCAUCCACAAGAUCAGAAACUACUACGAGCAGGCCGAGCACCAAGACGCCAACUUCAGCCUCAAGCGAAGGGAAAGUCUGUCCUAUAUUCCAGCUGGUCUGGUCAGACAUAUGAGUCGACAGCUCAACGGCGACGAGGUGGUCGUCUCUGUCCAAAAAAAAAGCCCUUCUAGGAACAGGCCCACUUCUUGGUCUGUAUUCAACCUUCCUGCUUUAGAAAAGAGUCAAAACACUGAAACUUGUCAGAAAACUGAACCUGUGAGUCCAGCAGAGGAAGACUUCAGACCUUCAUCUGAGAUGCUUAAACUUUGGGAGGCCAUGGAAGCUGAAGAGGAGAGCCGGGAAGUCCAGCAGGCUGCAGCGGACAAGGUCAAUUGUGGUAGAGUAACUCUCACUCAAGACAUCACUUCAGAACCACCAAAUGCCAAAAACGGCGAGCAGCCAUCUCACGUUAUGAAAGAGUCUGAAAUGAGCGCUGCAUCAAGUGUGUCCUCCAUGUCUUCAUCUACCAGCAGUUCCACCGCGGCAGAGAGGGGUCAUGAUCUGAGCCGGUCCCGGACCUUUGUGCUUCAGAGGAAUAACAAUUCCCACCCCGGCCAUCUUCCUAAGACCGUUGGCCUCCGAGCCAGCGCAGACGAAGACCAAAUCCUGCAAGACACGGUGAAGAUGAAGAAUAAGGUGUUUCAGCUGGCUCGCCAGUACAGCCAGCGCAUUAAGAACAACAGACCUGUCGUCUGUCCGAGAAACCUGCAGCCAUCCAGCCAUGAAGGGGUCAGGAAUAUGCCUGCUGUCAAUGAGGAGAGAGCACAGGAAAGAGGUAAAUUGGGUUUAAGAUUGCAGUUGAAUCAAGCGGUCAUCCAUGAAGUCUCUUCUUCAUCUCCAGUCCAGACACCCACAGCCACCUCACAGGAUGCUCAUUCCCAAAGUCCACAGCUGGAGACGUUUCUGUGGCCACAUGUGCAGGAGCUGCGCUCAAAGUACUUCGAGCCGUCUCCGUUCUCCAGAGGAACUUGUUCCUGCACAAACGGGAAGCAGGAGGAGUGUGUCACGGACCCAUGUAACGGCUCCUCUCAGAGCAGCCUGUCAGACCUGCACAAGGACUGCAGCCAGAGUAAAAGCAUUCACAGUGACACGUGCCCAGUGUUAGAGGGUUUACCUCAGCACCAGUCAGACCACCCGCUGUGCAGGUGGAGCUCCGUGGACCACGUGCUCGGCUCCCUACCUUUAAAUGAAGUGCAGAACUUCCGGAAACUCCACGAUGAAGACAGCCAUCCUCAGGAAGGCCUCAACAGUGACAAGUCUGCUGUCACCAGUUCAGGGAAGGCCUCAGAAAGUACUUUUGUUAAAGCUUUACUGGAGAAGUUUCAGAGUCUCAGCACCGGCUGAUGACCACGUUUGUUUUUAGUAUCAUAAACUUCACACAUUGGUCAAAUAUCAUUUUAUUUAAUUGAGCAUUUUCUCCCUUUUAGUAAAUUUUUGUGCACAUUUUUCUAUGGGGACGAUGUUGAAUAGAAGGGAUGUUAUCAUUUGGAUUAAAUUGAGAAAAUAUUUUGUCCUUAAAAAGGUGAAUUGUGUUAUUUUUACACAGGGGGGGUUGUAAGCACGAUAAAACUUUGAUGCACAAAGUCCACUGUAUCAAAUGAAGCUAUUCUGUUAAUGCAUCAUAACAUCCUUCAUUUUAGGUCUCUUUAAAUCAAUUCUCACCUGUAUAGUUUAAUAGCAAUGAGUUCUGUUGUUUGUAGAUUUUCUGUUCAUAAACCAAAGACGUGUGUCUUCAUGAUGGCAAUAAUUUGCAUUGUAAAACUGUAUACUUCACUUUAACUUUAUUUUUUCAGUUGUAUAUUUUGACACUAUUUAUGAAAUGGUUUCAUGUUGUGGGAGAAGUCCCGAUAAAGGACUGAGAAAUAUCGUUUUUUGUUUUACAUUGAUUCAUACUGUAUAUAUGCAGUUUCUCAUAUUUUCAAUAAUAGGGAAAUGGUUACAUUUGAUUUUGAACAAUAAAAGAUUUUGUGAACGUAA